AUGCUUGUAUGAGGUCAUAUAUUUAUAAAUAAGUUUAGCUACAAAUUAUAUAGUAGCUGAGGUGCCCUGAAGUAUAAACCACGAAGAACAGCUAAUCACCAUAAUUUGUAACGUUGUCCUGAAAACUGCCACAUUUAAAUAUUACACCUGUGAAAAAAACACACAGUGGGUUUUAUUUGGGAUUCUCAAAUAGUUCCAGCAUUAAAGUUCAAGAACAAAUUUUUCCAUUCUUCCACGCUUUCUCUGAGCAUCUGGGGGGGGUACAUUAUCUCAUUAAAUCUUCAUAAUACUCUUAUGAGUAUUAAUAACCAACUGCCUAAGAAGACAGUAAGAUCCCAGUUGUAUAAAGGAAGACUUUGGGCUGAAGAGAAGCAGCUUUUCCAGCAACAAAUAGCUGUUGGUUAUAGAGCUGGGACUUCUGAGUUUGAGACACUUUCCAUAUGUCAGGCUCACUCUAGAUAACUUACUGAGCUGUACUACCCUCAGUUCCUGACUACUUCACUUUAAUUUUUUUCUUCUUUAAUUACACAUGCUAAAUUUAAAUGUUUGUAGAUUGUACAAAUUUGACGUAUAUGGGACAAUUGAAGUUUUGAUAUCUCUGAUAUUAUCUGAAAUAAUCUAAGAAUUUAAUACAUUUGGUAAUUAUAUUUCAUAUUAGUAUUCAAGUAGUAAUAUUUAUUUAUCACAUUAUUUUAUAUAUAGCAUUUACCAGCUGAUUGUCGACUACAGAGAAGGAAAGAUACCAAAUACUCCCUCUCAAAAUAGCGAUCUGGGACAGAUUUCAGCUGAGAAUUUACCUUCUUCGCAUACUGGAGCAGAAAAUACCCAAGAAAAGUUGCAGUUGUCCAGCAAGGACAAUGAAGAAGACAUGGUUGCCGAGCUGGGAGCCAGCAAUGGCAGCUGCACGGAUUCACUGAAGAGUGUUGAGAAGAAGACUUUAAGGGUUAAGUUUCCAUUGAGGAUUGAAGAUCUCUCUGUAAGCAGUGUUUCAUCCAUAUAUUGUAUUGAUGAUUCAUGGCAUUCAGCAGAUGAUGACGCAGAUCUUGCUCCGAAGAAAGUCUGGCAUCCAAGGUUCACAAAGCCGAUUCAGGCCUGGCAAGAUCCCACGAUAAACACAGAGGCAAAAGAUGGUGUUUUGAAACCAGGAACUAGCGCCUCCUUUGAGGACAAUAAUUCUGAUCAUAAAAAUGAAGAUGUGGUUACAACCUUUCCCGAACCAUCAACCGAAGUUCCAGGCUUUUCUCAUCCUGCCUUCCCAGCACCGGAACCUCUCCCAUCUUCAGCAGUCUUUGGUGUUACAGAGGAAGAAGCAGCAAAGCCAAAAACUGGGGGAAAAGAGAACGGCACUCGGACUAUUAACAGUGUCCUAAAGGAGCAAGCAGAUCAUAACAAAUUGGUUUCUAUUGAUGGAGCACAUAAAAAUGACAAAGCUGGUAAGUUAGUGCACAUCUGUGGACUUCCUUCUCUGCUUAAAAGCUAGUAUGGUUGGAGGGGG